GGGCGCAGCGCUCCUCCCCCGGCGGCCGCCAGACGGCGGCUGAGGAGGCGGCGCAGGGGAUGGUGCGCCCGGCCGCGGCGGUGCCGGCCGCCGCUGCAGCUCCGGCUCUGGCCCCGGCCCCCCCGGCCCCGCCGCCGCCGCUGCCAGGGCUGUGAGCAGGGCCCGCGGCCCGAGCAGCUAUGAGGCAUCUAUUAACAAGCUAAAAGUGACAGAACCAUGGCUCAGUUUCCAACACCUUUUGGGGGCAACCUGGAUAUCUGGGCUAUUACUGUGGAGGAGAGGGCUAAACACGAUCAGCAGUUCCACAGUCUGAAACCAACAUCUGGAUUUAUCACUGGUGAUCAAGCUAGAAACUUUUUUUUUCAGUCUGGGUUACCUCAACCGGUGUUAGCACAGAUAUGGGCUCUAGCUGACAUGAACAAUGAUGGGAGGAUGGAUCAGCUGGAGUUCUCAAUAGCUAUGAAACUUAUCAAAUUAAAACUACAAGGUUAUCAACUCCCAUCUGCACUGCCUCCUGUCAUGAAGCAGCCACCUAUUGCUCUGCCUAGUGCACCAGGGUUUGGUAUUGGGGGCAUUGCCAGCAUGCCAUCUCUUACAACUGUUGCCCCAGUGCCAAUGGCAUCAAUUCCAGUAGUAGGAAUGUCUCCGCCAUUAGUAUCUUCUGUUCCUGCAGCAGCAGUGCCUCCCCUGGCUAACGGAGCUCCUGCUGUUAUACAGCCUCUGCCUGCUUUUGCUCAUCCUGCCACAUUGCCAAAGAGUUCUUCCUUUAGUAGAUCUGGUCCUGCAUCGCAGCUAAACACAAAACUGCAAAAGGCACAAUCGUUUGAUGUGGCCAGUGUGCCUCCUGUGGCAGAGUGGGCUGUACCUCAGUCAUCAAGACUGAAAUACAGACAGCUGUUCAAUAGCCAUGAUAAAACAAUGAGUGGACACUUAACAGGUCCACAAGCAAGAACUAUUCUUAUGCAGUCAAGCUUACCCCAGGCUCAGCUGGCUACAAUAUGGAAUCUUUCAGAUAUUGAUCAAGAUGGAAAACUUACAGCUGAAGAGUUUAUUCUGGCUAUGCACUUAAUUGAUGUAGCUAUGUCUGGUCAGCCACUGCCACCUGUACUGCCUCCAGAGUAUAUUCCACCUUCAUUUAGAAGAGUACGUUCUGGUAGUGGCAUAUCUGCUGUAAGUUCAGUAUCUGUAGACCAAAGGUUACCAGAAGAACCAGCAUUAGAAGAAGAACAGCAGCAACUGGAAAAGAAAUUACCAGUUACAUUUGAAGAUAAAAAACGCGAGAACUUUGAACGUGGCAAUCUAGAACUUGAAAAACGGAGGCAGGCUCUCCUGGAACAGCAACGCAAAGAACAAGAGCGUCUAGCACAGCUGGAACGGGCAGAGCAGGAAAGGAAAGAACGUGAGCGGCAGGAGCAAGAACGGAAAAGACAACUGGAGCUAGAGAAACAGUUGGAAAAACAACGGGAAUUGGAACGGCAGAGAGAAGAGGAAAGGAGGAAAGAAAUAGAAAGAAGAGAGGCUGCAAAACGGGAACUUGAGAGGCAAAGGCAACUUGAGUGGGAACGUAAUCGUCGGCAAGAACUACUAAAUCAAAGAAACAAAGAACAAGAGGACAUAGUUGUUCUAAAAGCAAAAAAGAAGACCUUAGAAUUUGAGCUGGAAGCCCUAAAUGAUAAAAAAAAUCAAUUGGAGGGAAAGCUUCAGGAUAUCCGGUGUCGGCUGUCUACCCAAAGACAAGAAAUUGAGAGUACAAAUAAAUCUAGAGAACUGAGAAUUGCAGAAAUUACCCAUCUGCAACAGCAGCUACAGGAAUCUCAGCAGAUGCUUGGAAGAUUGAUUCCAGAAAAGCAAUUGCUUAAUGAUCAACUAAAGCAAGUUCAACAGAACAGUUUGCAUAGAGAUUCUCUUCUUACUGUCAAAAGAGCCUUAGAAGCCAAGGAGCUAGCCCGUCAACAGCUUCGAGACCAGCUAGAUGAAGUAGAAAAAGAAACCAGAUCUAAACUUCAGGAAAUUGAUAUAUUCAAUAAUCAACUGAAGGAGCUGAGAGAAAUACAUAACAAACAACAACUACAGAAGCAAAAGAACUUGGAAGCUGAGAGGUUGAAACAGAAAGAACAAGAAAGGAAGACAGAACUAGAAAAGCAAAAAGAAGCUCAAAGACGAAUCCAGGAGCGGGAUAAACAACGGCUUGAUCGAGUGCAACAAGAAGAAGAACUUCAGGGCAAAAAAAAAAAUCAGGAAGAUGAGAAGCAAAAAAGGGAAGAAAUAACCAAGAAGAAGGAAAGCGAGGAUAAGGGGAAACAGGAAAUCCAAGAGAAACUGAGUAAGCUUUUCCAACCACAUCAAGACCCAGUCAAGCCAGCCGUCCAGGCUCCUUGGUCAAAUGCAGAAAAAGCUCCUCUAACAAUUUCUGCUCAGGAGGAUGUAAAAAUAGUGUAUUAUAGAGCGCUGUAUCCUUUUGAAUCAAGAAGCCACGAUGAAAUCACUAUUCAGCCUGGCGACAUAGUCAUGGUGGAUGAAAGCCAGACUGGAGAACCAGGGUGGCUUGGUGGAGAAUUGAAGGGAAAAACUGGAUGGUUCCCUGCAAACUAUGCAGAGAAAAUACCUGAAAAUGAAGUUCCAGCAUCUGUAAAACCAGUAGUUGAGGCUGCUGCUGCACCUAAAGUUUCUGUGCAUGAAACAACUACAUCACUAGGAACUCCUGCAUCUACAGAGUGCACUACAACUGCCAAUAACUGGGCAGACUUCAGUUCAACAUGGCCAACAAACACUAAUGAGAAACCAGAGACAGAUAACUGGGAUGCCUGGGCAGCUCAGCCGUCUUUGACUGUUCCCAGUGCAGGGCAGUUGCGGCAGCGAUCAGCUUUCACUCCUGCCACUGUUACAGGAUCAUCUCCCUCUCCUGUCUUGGGUCAGGGCGAAAAAGUGGAGGGACUUCAAGCCCAGGCUUUGUAUCCUUGGAGAGCGAAAAAAGACAACCACCUUAAUUUCAACAAAAAUGAUGUCAUCACAGUAUUAGAGCAGCAAGAUAUGUGGUGGUUUGGAGAAGUUCAAGGACAAAAGGGGUGGUUUCCUAAGUCAUAUGUGAAGCUUAUUUCAGGCCCCAUUAGGAAGUCAACAAGCAUGGAUUCUGGUUCUUCAGAAAGUCCUGCUAGUCUGAAAAGAGUAGCAUCACCAGCAGCAAAAGCAACUAUGUCAGGUGAAGAGUAUGUUGCUAUGUAUACUUAUGAGAGCUCUGAACAAGGAGACCUAACCUUUCAGCAAGGUGAUAUGAUUCUUGUGACAAAGAAAGAUGGUGACUGGUGGACAGGAACACUGGGUGAUAAAUCAGGAGUAUUCCCAUCUAAUUAUGUGAGACUCAAAGAUUCUGAGGCUUCUGGAGCAGCUGGAAAAACGGGAAGCUUAGGGAAGAAACCUGAAAUUGCCCAAGUUAUUGCCUCUUACACAGCAACGGGUCCAGAACAGCUUACUCUUGCUCCUGGUCAGUUGAUUCUUAUCAGAAAGAAGAAUCCAGGUGGCUGGUGGGAAGGAGAGCUCCAAGCACGAGGGAAAAAGCGGCAGAUAGGAUGGUUCCCUGCUAAUUAUGUAAAACUUUUGAGCCCUGGUACUAGUAAAACUACACCAACUGAGCUACCUAAAUCAACAGCAUUACCUUCAGUGUGCCAAGUAAUUGGCAUGUAUGACUACACUGCACAGAACGAUGAUGAGCUAGCAUUCAAUAAAGGCCAGAUUAUAAACGUCCUUAACAAGGAAGACCCAGACUGGUGGAAAGGGGAGGUGAAUGGACAAGUGGGUCUCUUCCCAUCCAACUAUGUGAAGCUGACAACAGAUAUGGACCCAAGCCAGCAAUGGUGUGCAGACUUGCAUCUUCUGGAUAUGUUGACACCUACUGAAAGGAAAAGGCAGGGAUACAUCCAUGAGCUCAUUGUCACAGAAGAGAACUAUGUAAAUGAUCUGCAGUUGGUCACAGAGAUCUUCCAGAAACCACUAAUGGAAUCUGAGCUGCUAACAGAAAAAGAAGUUGCUAUGAUUUUUGUUAAUUGGAAGGAGCUGAUUAUGUGCAAUAUAAAACUACUGAAGGCUUUGCGAGUGCGUAAGAAGAUGUCUGGGGAGAAGAUGCCAGUGAAAAUGAUUGGUGACAUACUGACAGCCCAGCUGCCACACAUGCAGCCGUACAUUCGGUUCUGUAGCUGCCAGCUCAAUGGGGCAGCACUCAUCCAACAGAAAACAGAUGAAGUCCCUGAGUUCAAGGAGUUCGUUAAAAGGUUAGCAAUGGAUCCUCGCUGUAAAGGAAUGCCGCUAUCAAGUUUUCUACUAAAGCCUAUGCAACGGGUAACAAGAUACCCACUAAUAAUUAAAAAUAUAAUAGAAAACACCCCUGAAAACCACCCUGACCACAGUCACUUGAAGCAUGCUCUUGAGAAAGCAGAAGAAUUGUGUUCUCAAGUAAAUGAAGGAGUGCGGGAGAAAGAAAAUUCAGAUAGGCUGGAGUGGAUCCAGGCUCAUGUUCAGUGUGAAGGCCUGUCUGAGCAACUCGUAUUUAAUUCUGUUACAAACUGCUUGGGACCACGCAAGUUUCUGCACAGUGGGAAACUCUAUAAAGCCAAGAGUAACAAGGAACUGUAUGGCUUUCUGUUCAACGAUUUCCUCCUCCUGACUCAGAUCAUAAAACCUCUUGGCUCUUCUGGCACAGACAAGGUCUUCAGCCCCAAGUCUAACCUGCAAUACAAAAUGUACAAAACUCCCAUUUUUCUAAAUGAGGUACUAGUAAAAUUACCCACAGACCCUUCUGGAGACGAGCCCAUCUUCCAUAUCUCCCACAUUGAUAGAGUCUAUACACUCCGGGCUGAAAGCAUUAAUGAAAGUGACAUCCUUUCUGAAAACCUCUUUGAGCCCAGCCAGUUCUUCAGGCAGCAUAAUCCCUGCAGGACUGCCUGGGUUCAGAAAAUUAAAGCCGCUUCAGAACUUUACAUAGAGACCGAAAAGAAGAAGAGGGAAAAGGCCUACUUAGUUCGCUCACAAAGAGCAACUGGCAUUGGGAGGCUGAUGGUGAAUAUUGUUGAAGGCAUUGAACUAAAACCUUGCAGGUCCCAUGGAAAGAGUAACCCAUACUGUGAGGUGACGAUGGGCUCUCAGUGCCAUAUUACCAAGACGAUACAGGACACCCUCAAUCCGAAGUGGAACUCCAACUGCCAGUUCUUUAUCAAAGACCUAGAGCAGGACGUACUCUGCAUCACGGUGUUUGAGAGGGACCAGUUCUCCCCGGAUGACUUUUUGGGCAGAACAGAGAUCCGUGUGGCAGACAUUAAGAAGGAUCAGGGUUCAAAAGGACCGGUUACAAAGUGUCUCCUUCUGCAUGAAGUCCCAACAGGAGAGAUAGUCGUCCGACUAGACCUGCAAUUGUUUGAUGAGCCUUAGAAGGAAAGGGACCAAUGUUUUUUUUUCAGUCUGAGUUCACUGCAAUAGGUGUCUGCAGAAGCUGUCACUAAAUCCUUAUUGGUUUGGUAUGAAACUACUGCUUGCCCUUCACACAAAAGAGGGUUAUCAAAGCAAACAGGAGCAUCUUUGUGCCUUGAUAAUUCUCACUGAAAAAUGAGUCCCAGUUUAGUGAGGAAAUCUCCCUCAAUUUCUCUAUGUGGAACCUGAUGUUAGUUUCCUGGGUUUAUGAAAUAACCUAGUUGUUUGUCGUGCUCCAGUCCGAAAGGCUGGAAAACCACAUAGGUUGCUGUGCUUGCUCCAGCUACUCUGUUCUUUAAUUUACAAGAAGAAGGCAAUGUUGGUAUGUUUGGAGGCUUUCUGCAGGGUUUUCCCCCUUAAGGAAUUCUGUGCCUAUUGCUCAGCAAGGUGGUGUGUAAAUGUUUUGUGAAUGGAACAAGCAGUUAUGCAGUAAGAAGAUCUUUGAAGAUCUUCACGGUGAUGCUGAAAAGACUUAGAAAAUAAAUAGUCUAUAUCUAUAAACAGAGAAGAUUCUAUUAAGAUACCACUUCAUGACUCACAUUGCCCCAAAAAUAAAUAUAUGUACAGGCCUUCUGCACAGAGAUGAGUUGCACUCCAGAAGAGUACACCCACUGAGUACCUUCGGAAGAAAUGUUUGAACAGUAAGUGAAGGAUCGAAUAUAGAGCCCUGAUGAAUGUUGUGCUAUACCACUUCAAUACUGCUUUACUACGGCUGCUUAUUGUGUGAAUGCAGAUGGAUGAUACAUCACCUGCAGUGGGGAAGAAAAAAUCAUGGCUGUGGCUCAGGAAGCUAAUUUCUACCCCGCAGAGUCUAGUUUGCCAAGCAAUCAGUGGUGACCAGUUAUUAAAUUUUACUGUGCCUAACUGCAUUUGACAUCAUGUUACUGAAUUCAGAGUGAUAGCAUACAGUAGCUCACAACAGGGUUUGUUGCAAGCCAGGUUGAUCACAAGGUUGGUGGCAGCGAUAUUAGACGUGAACAGAAGCAGGGUAUUUGUGAUUGUACAGAGUGGGUAACUCCAAAGUAAAAGUCUUGUCGUCUUGGGGAAUCAAAAGUUUCUAUACGCGUUUUACUCAACAAAUACACAUGUAUAGGCCAACAUUCAGCAAAAUUCCUCUGUUUGGCAAAGCACCCAGCUUUAAGCAUGCACUUAUGUUGUGUUUCCCUUAAGUACACACGUAAGUGCUUUACUAAGCCUGGACCUGAGAUACGAUAGACCCCUUAAGAGUAAAAUUCAUCUUUGUUCUGCCUGGAUUCAUUUUGUUCAUUACCUAUUAUCCAUACAUGGUAUUUUUGUAAUGACUUUAUUUCUGAAUGGGAGGUGUUCAGCCUGUUUCAUUAGCAUGUGAAUGUUCUUGUGGAGCUGUUGUUAGGUUUUGAUGUCCUUGCAUGUCCUUUCAGUACUGGUUUCCACCUUUCCUGUAUAGGUGGUGUUUUCUAGCACUACAAGUCUUAUUGAUUUCCAUUAGGAAAUUAGGAUAUCUUCAUAACAAAUAGGUAGAUGCAGUAUGGUAAUAAGUGUAAACUGUGCUGGAAAGUGUCUGUGUAUUAUAAUUUCCUACAAUACCACUAUAAUGUUUCAAGCAAUGGGAAAAAAAAAAAAGUAUGUUGGAGGGACAACAAAGUUUACAUUUCAUACUUUUCAGAAUCGCUUUAUUAUUUAUUUAUUGAAGAUAGUGUAGAAUUUUGUAUCAGAAAUGACAGACAUACUUAUGUAUUUUUUGAAACAAAAACAGAGAUACACACUUUAGUUAGAAACUUUCAACUGACCACAUUUUAGAGGGAGUGUAACUUCCUAGGCAUGCAUUUGUUUACCACUAACUGGCAGAAAACACAAUUAAGAGAACUUUAAGUUUCUAUUUUUCAAUGUUGUUAAGAAAAUUGUUUCAAGUAAAAUAUGUAAAUAGAACUAAACCCAUGUUUUCCUAAUCCCAUAUCUAUACAUUUUAUUAAUAUAAUGUAUAUGAAAAUACACAUUGUUGUGGUAGGAUAAAAAAAAAGUGAUAAAAUUAUUAAUGGAGUAACAUUAAAUGUCAUUGUCUAACAUUUAUUGCUGUCCUAAUUUUAUCAGUAGCUGUAAAUAUGGUGAACAUUCAUUUCAGUGUUUAGAAAGUAGAAUCACUUUUUUAUGGUACCAUUUCACCAGCAUGAAUUACAGCAACAAAUAAAUAGACAAAUAGGGAAAAAAUACCAUGGAUGCAAUGCAGAAAUCCAGGCCAGGUUUUUAAAAGGAGCCUCAAGGAGCUGCAUAUUCCUCUGAGAUUCAGCUGGUGUUUGAAGUAGUGGACAGGUAGCUGCAGGGGUACCUCCCAGACUGUGACCCCUUAUCGUGAGCAUGUGGGAUUGCACCUUUUGUGUAGUUGUAACACAACCGAGCACCUUCCUGACCACCAUCACUCGUGAUUUCCAUCUUACCCUCAGUGCACAGGAAUGUUUAAUUCCUGUUAAUGCCAAUGGAAGUUAUGCAAACAUAAUGAUGAUGAUGAAAGGCUGGGCUUCAGCUCACUGAUAUCUCACAAAUCCCUUGUGAUCAGUCUAAUUCUGAAGAUGAAGCUUGUCCUAAUCCCUGUGCGUCGAGGACAGAAUAUAUAUACCCUCAGAGCCAGCCUAUUGUGCAUCAGGAUGUUGCUAUUUUCUCUCUUGCUCGCCCUCAAUACUCCAUAGCAUAUCGGCACGGUUGGCUUCCCAAGUGGAUCUGCUUCAGGGUUAGCCAAAGGUUCUUAGAAAUUCAUCAACUCCUGCCUAUUUUUCCCUGUUCAGGCACAGCUUGAACAGCCACACACAACAGGAGAGACACAGCCACACACAACAGGAUCUUUGGAAGUUAGAUAUCUUUUAGUGUAUUUACAAAGGUGGCUGGAAUCACCACGAUGUGUGGAGAUUGAGCCAUCCAUCCUCUUAAGGGUGUCAUGUCCUGGCUGUCAAACCCUGAUGGCCUGUGCUACCGUUAUUGACCGCCUGUAUUUAUGCAGACCCUGUUUUUCAGACUCUAGUUACUGAUCUCUGAAUGUAUUGGUAAAAUGGCACACCUUAGAGCACAGGUCCCUUUGCAGCCUCGUUGAGAUGUGUGCAAUCUUUUCCUAAUGUUAUACAAAACAAAACAAAACAAAA